UUCCUUCUCCUAUCCCACUCGCCUCGUCUCACGUGGAUCAUGGGCGAUCGCCACCCCAAUCUCCGUUUCGAUCCAUCCAUCGCCUAAGCAGAACCUUUGGACGAGAAGAGAGCAUUAACCAGCGGAAGUUCGAACUUUUUUGUGGGUUUCCCUGGGUUUCUUUGGGGGGUUUGGAUUCGUGAAUGGCGAUGGAGGACACGACGGAGAGCUGCAGCAGCUGGGCUGCGGUGGAUUCGUCCCAGGCCCACACCAGGCAGCAGCAGCAGCGACACAAGUUGGACGUCUACAACGAGGUCCUCUGCCGCCUGAGGGAGGACGGUCGGCCGGAGGUGCAGUCCCCGACGUUCGAGGACGGGUUGUGGAACCACUUCAAUCGUCUCCCGGCUCGUUACGCAUUGGAUGUAAACGUAGAGAGGGCAGAAGAUGUCUUGACUCACAAAAAAUUGCUGGAACUGGCUAAAGAACCUGCAAAUAGGCCUGUCUUUGCUGUACGCUUGGUGCAGGUUUCUCCAGUUCCUGAUGGAAGCCAAGCUGAUUUUUCUGAUUCUAAUGCACCAGGAAUAGGAGAUUCUCAGUCUGCUUCAACUUACUUUAGGCAAAGUGUUCAUCCUCCUCCUGCCUUUGGUUCUUCGCCUAAUCUUGAGGCUCUUGCUCUUGAAGCCAGCAGGCAACAAGUUCAAGAUGAAGAUAACUUUGCCAGUGCUCCACCUUAUCCCAGGCCAAUGCAUGAAAUCACAUUUUCCACACAUGACAAGCCAAAGCUUCUAAGUCUGCUGACUUCCUUGCUUGCUGAACUUGGCCUUAACAUUCAAGAAGCACAUGCCUUUUCAACAAAUGAUGGUUACUCCUUGGAUGUGUUUGUUGUUGAUGGUUGGCCUUGUGAGGAAACUGAUCGACUCAAGGACUUGUUGCAAAAGGAAAUUCACAAGAUGGGGAGACAAGCAUGGUCAAAGUCUCAUUCAUCGUCUCCUCAAAUUAAGAAUGCACAAUCUGGAGAGAACUUUCUGCCUGACCAUGUCCAGAUACCAACAGAUGGGACUGAUGUUUGGGAAAUCAAUUUUCAGCUGCUGAAGUUUGGAAAUAAAGUAGCAUCUGGAUCAUAUGGUGAUCUUUAUCGUGGAACAUACUGUAGCCAGGAUGUGGCAAUUAAAGUAUUAAAGCCUGAGCGUGUUAAUGUUGAUAUGCAGCGAGAGUUUGCUCAGGAAGUCUUCAUCAUGCGAAAGGUUCGUCACAAGAAUGUGGUGCAGUUUAUUGGUGCUUGUACAAAACCUCCUAGCUUAUGUAUUGUUACAGAAUUUAUGUCGGGUGGAAGUGUUUAUGACUUUCUUCAUAAACAGAAGGGAGUCUUCAAGCUUCCAGCUUUAUUGCGAGUGGCAAUUGAUGUAUCUAAGGGGAUGAACUACUUGCACCAAAAUAACAUUAUCCAUCGGGAUCUGAAGGCUGCCAAUCUUCUGAUGGAUGAGAAUGAGGCAAGUGAUUUCAGCACAUUCUACCAGCUGGUUGUUAAGGUUGCAGAUUUUGGUGUAGCACGUGUUAAAGCUGGGUCUGGAGUUAUGACUGCUGAAACAGGCACAUAUCGCUGGAUGGCACCUGAGGUUAUGAUCCAGUGCUAAUUUUUUUAAUUCAAGUUCUAGUGUUAAUUUCACUUCCUACCACAUUGU